UAAUGGAUCCGAAAAGCUUUGUCAUUGAAACCAAAGUUGGAAACCCUAAUAUCCAUUAAAAACCCAAUCCCAACAGAGCACAAUCCUCGACCAAGUGCCCAAAUUUGGUAAAAGAAAGGCCUUCCCCAUUACGUCUUUCUUCGGUUUUGUGUCUCCGAUCGGAAAGCAAGGGCAUUAAACCAUUAAACAGAUCGAAGAAGAAGAGUCUCAGUAGGGGGAUUUUGUUGGCCGAUAGCUUUUGCUCUAAUGGCUUCUCUUUUCAACAGAUUCCAAGAUGCUGUUAGAGUCCUUGCAAAGAGCCCCACUUUUGCUAAGUAUAGAAGGAAACUCCAAUUUGAAGAUGACAUUAACCUCCUCUUCAUGUAUACCAGUUACAAUCGUUUGGGAAAAGAUGCCGAAGAGGCCGAUGCCGAGGAUAUUAUCGACAUGGCUAGUAAGGCCUCUUUUGCUGACCAACUGACGCUAGUGCAGGAAAAUGUUCAUGAUCAAAUUAAGAACUUUUGCACUGCUAUGGAUGGAAUUAUUCUUCCUGGUAGUGCUGUUCCCGAGAAAAGACCGGUAAAACGUGCUGAACUCUCACAGAGGUUGAAGGAUUCUAUUGGCUACUCGCUUGAUGUCAAACCAUCUCAAAUACCCCAAGGUGAAGCUGGCCAAGGUUUAUAUUUGAAUGGUGAAGCUAAUGUCGGUGCUGUAAUUGCCUUAUACCCUGGUGUUAUAUACACUCCAGCUUAUUAUCAGUAUGUUCGUGGAUACACAAGACUUGGUGCACGAAAUAGAUAUUUGAUCACAAGAUAUGAUGGGACCGUUAUCGAUGCCCAACCUUGGGGAUAUGGGGGUGAAACACGUGAAAUGUUCGAUGGCUCAACAAUGCUAGAUACGAGGCCCAACACGGAAAUGGUUGGUAAGCCUUUGGAAAAUUCACAGGUGAAAUUUGAUGGUGAAGUUUUGGAGCGUAGAAAUCCUUUAGCUUUGGCCCAUUUUGCCAAUAAUCCUUCAAAAGAAACGCUGCCGAAUGUGAUGGUUUGCCCAUAUGACUUCCCAUUGACCGAAAUAGACAUGAGAGCUUAUAUUCCAAAUAUAGCAUUCGGAAAUGCAGAAGAAGCAAAUGCGAGGAAAUCAGACGGCUCUUGGUUUACAUGGGGUUCGAGAAGCAGUCCAUCAGAUGACUUGAAUGUUCCUGUUCUAAAGACUCUUGUUCUGGUGGCUACUACUGCACUUCAUGAUGAAGAAGUGCUGUUGCAUAGACCAACGUGGUAUACUUCUGCUGACGAAGAGGAGGAUUGAAGGAGAUGGAGAUUCGGUAUUUUGAAUCUAAGACAGCUAAAAUCAAAGGCAGGUUAGCGUAGAUUGUAUGGCGUAAAAAUUGCUUUGAACCAUGUAGCUAAUUUUCAACUCUACAUAUGACAUUGAAUGUAAUAAUACUAUAUUUCUCG